GUGAGGACAUUUCGCAGGAAACUCUUCAGGCCCUGAAGGUGAAGGACACGCCCUCAACUUUGGGAAGGGUGCCUGGGCUCCGUGUGUCCGCCUUCAGCUGCUCCUGUCUCCGGGAGCAGACGGCUCUCUCAGCGGAAACUUGUCUCCUCUGCCCGUCUUUGUCUGUCCGACGAGCCCCUCGUCGAGUGGAGCGAAGCUCUCUCUCUCUGUUUUUCUCUGCCCGUGGAGCGGAGAGGGACCGAGGGAAACCCACCUGCCGGUGAGAGUGGACACACCUCGGGAUGGAUGCUCUGAAAUCUGCCGGCAGAGCCAUCAUCAAGAGCCCCGGCGUCCCGCGGCACACCUGGGGAACCACGAAGCACGAAAAGCUGCCAGAAAACUGGACGGACACCAAGGAGACGUUGCUGGAAGGGAUGGUGUUCAAUGUGAAGUACCUGGGUAUGACUCUGGUGGGCCAGCCUAAAGGAGAGGACAUGGCCUCGGCUGCCAUUCACAGAAUCGUUGCCACCGCCAGAGCUGGUGCUAAGAAGUUUCGGAAAGUAACACUGACUGUGUCACCAAAAGGCAUUAUCAUCACAGACACAGAGACUGCAGAUCUAAUAGAGAAUGUCUCUAUAUACAGAAUUUCAUAUUGCACAGCAGAUAAAACUCAGGAUAAGGUCUUUGCGUAUGUUUCUCAGAGCCAGUUCAAUGAGACUCUUGAGUGCCACGCGUUUCUUUGCCAAAAACGAAAAAUAGCUCAGGCUGUGACAUUAACUGUAGCUCAGGCCUUUAAAGUAGCACUCGACCUUUGGGAGAUUGCUCAGGAAGACAAAAGCAAGAAGGGCAGGACCUGCUGUUCCUGCGCUGCGAGCGACGGGCAGACCGAGAUGAUGGAAAAACAGUGUGUUCCAGCAGCCUCUCCUCCACACGUGCCGUCCCCCUCUCACCCAGCAGCACAUAAGCCCACUGCGAUGGAGGGGAAGCUCCGCAGGUCCUUCUUCUCAGCUUCUCUCAGCUCGCUGUCGCCUCGCAGUAAUCCCACCCGCAGACGACCCAUCAAACACGACUCCUGGGAUGUGGAGGACGGACUCGACGACGCGUUUUCAAGCAACAUGGAGGUAUAGAAGUCAGAAACUGACUGGCUGGGGUCCCACUCUGAAUCGUCUCCGGCAUUGGAGCUCUGAGUCACCAGGAGGUUUCUGCAGCGAGUCUCAGUCCUGUCUGCAAUGAUGACACUGUAUCACACAAACGGGCAAUAACUACCCAUUGUACAGCCCCGCAGAAAUUAAACAAAAAGCAUACUCUGGUCCCCAAAAGGAAACACAAAACAACAAUCUUUACUUGCUGAGACUGGAUAUUGUUUCAUGCAUAAACUGUAUCAGAAAGGAUGACUAUUGAGCUAAAUUUAGGCCAUAAAGUUUGCAAAAGCAAAAAAAAAAAAGUUUAUAACUACUUGUAUCAUAUAAUGAAUGAUGUAUGACAUGCUGUUGUGUCAUAUAAUUAAAAAAUGUGACAUGUCAUAGUAUGCAAUUAUAAAUUAUGGCAUGCUAUUGUGUCAUAUAACUUAAAAACUGGCAGGUCUUUUAGGUCAUAUAAUUUACAAUUUAUGGCAAGCCUUAGUCAUAUAAUCAAAAAUUACAAACGCUUUUUUUCAGUUUCAAAAAUAUUCUUUCAGUUUCAAAAAUUUAAACUUUUGGACAAACUUUAUAGACCUAAUUUA